UCCGUUCAGUUUGUUUGUCAGAGUGCCGGCGCAAGUGAGUGUCCAGGGACUGCUUCUUCAAGGGUCCCUGCCGGGAGGGUGCAGACGAGUGGCUCAGAUGGAGGGAGCAAGGAUUCCUGGGCCCCUCUGUGAUUUCCCUAGCCAAAUAUUCUCUACCCCUUCCCCACCUCGGAGAUGGGCAGCGCCAGGGCUUCGGAAUCACACUAGCCCUGACUCUUGCCAGCCGUUGUGGCCUCUCCCAGCCUGUUUUCAUUUCUGUACACGGGAAAUAGCGAGACCUGCCUGGCUGCACAUAAACCAGUGGACGUACCUGCAAGACAGAAGACCUGGAGAGGCGGUGGCGAUGCUGUUGCGCGCGCAGGCAGCGGCAGCGGAAUGUGAGGACGCGGAGCUGCGGUGCCGCGUGGCUGUGGAGGAGCUGAGCCCGGGCGGGCAGCCGCGAAGGCGCCAGGCCCUACGCACGGCGGAGCUGAGCCUGGGUCGUAACGAGCGCCGCGAGUUGAUGCUGCGGCUGCAGGCGCCCGGGCCCGCGGGGCGGCCGCGCUGCUUCCCCCUGCGCGCCGCGCGCCUCUUCACGCGCUUCGCCACGGCCGGGCGCAGCACUCUGAGGCUCCCGGCCGACGGUGCUCCCCGGGCGGGCGCCGUGCAGCUGCUGCUCUCCGACUGCCCCCCGGACCGCCUGCGCCGCUUCCUGCGCACGCUGCGCCUCAAGCUGGCAGCGGCCCCAGGUCCCCCGCCGGCCUCCGCACGCACGCAGCUGCUUGGCCCGCGACCCCGCGAUUUCGUUACCAUCAGCCCCGUGCAGCCCGAGGAGCUUCGGCGCGCGGCGGCCAACCGGGUCCCGGACACCACGCCCGUGAAGCAGCCCACGACAGAGCCCCCGGCGGGGGCUGAGCCCAGCACGGAAGCCCCAAGGUGGCCCCUGCCCGUGAAGAGGCUGAGCUUGCCCCCCACCAAACCACAGCUCUCUGAGGAACAGGCUGCUGUGCUGAGGGUUGUCCUGAAAGGCCAGAGCGUCUUCUUCACUGGGAGUGCAGGGACAGGGAAGUCUUAUCUGCUGAAGAGAAUCCUGGGCUCACUGCCUCCCACAGGCACUGUGGCCACUGCCAGCACUGGGGUGGCAGCCUGCCACAUUGGGGGUACUACCCUCCAUGCCUUUGCAGGCAUUGGUUCAGGCCAGGCUUCCCUCGCGCAAUGUGUGGCCCUGGCCCAGCGGCCAGGUGUGCGGCAGGGCUGGCUGAACUGUCAGCGGCUAGUCAUUGAUGAGAUCUCCAUGGUGGAGGCAGACCUGUUUGACAAGCUGGAGGCCGUAGCCAGAGCUGUCCGGCAGCAGAACAAGCCAUUUGGAGGGAUCCAGCUCAUCAUCUGCGGGGACUUCCUACAGCUGCCGCCUGUAACCAAGGGCUCCCAGCCCCCGCAGUUCUGCUUCCAGGCCAAGAGCUGGAGGAGGUGUGUCCCAGUGACCCUGGAGCUGACCGAGGUGUGGAGGCAGGCAGACCAGACCUUCAUCUCUCUGCUGCAAGCUGUGAGGCUGGGCAGGUGCUCAGAUGAAGUGACCCGCCAGCUCCGGGCCACGGCUGCCCACAAGGUGGGGCGAGAUGGGAUUGUGGCCACGAGGCUCUGCACCCACCAGGAUGAUGUGGCCCUUACCAAUCAGAGGCGGCUGCAGGAGCUACCAGGUGAGGUACACAGCUUUGAGGCCAUGGACAGUGACCCUGAGCAAGCCCGGACCCUGGAUGCCCAGUGUCCUGUUAGCCAGCUCCUUCAGCUAAAGCUGGGGGCCCAGGUGAUGCUGGUGAAGAACUUAGCGGUGUCCCGGGGCCUGGUGAAUGGUGCCCGAGGAGUGGUUGUGGGGUUCGAGGCUGAGGGGAGAGGGCUGCCCCAGGUACGGUUCCUGUGUGGAGUCACCGAGGUCAUCCGUGCUGACCGCUGGACAGUGCAGGCCACUGGGGGCCAGCUCCUCAGCCGGCAGCAGCUGCCCCUCCAGCUGGCUUGGGCAAUUUCCAUCCACAAGAGCCAGGGCAUGUCUCUGGAUUGCGUGGAGAUCUCUCUGGCCCGUGUGUUUGCCAGUGGCCAGGCCUACGUGGCCCUUUCCCGGGCCCGCAGCCUGCAGGGCCUGCGUGUACUGGACUUUGACCCCAUGGUGGUUCGCUGUGAUCCCCGUGUGCUGAGCUUCUAUGCCAACCUGUGGCGGGGCAGGGGCCUCAGCCUGAGGGGAGAGGCGGUGAAGACAGGUGCUCCAGGAGCAGGAACAGGCCGUAGCGGUCCUGGGGGAACUCAGGCUGAGUACAGGCUCCAAACAGAGAAGGGAACCUGGAGGCAUCUUCCCAGCUAGGCCCAGCCUAACACAAGCCAGGACAAACACCCUCCUGAGCCUACCGUAAGAACACGCACUGUGAACUGUGCGCCCGUAUCUUAAGCUGCUUCUUCAGAGAAGAAAUGGUGUUUGGGGGUAUUGAAAUGGAUAUUCUCAAAUUGUAUUUAUUUAGGACAAAUAAACUUGAGACUUGUGCAAGGACUGUGAGUCUUCCGCUCUCUUUAAGAAGGCACUCCUUCCUGGGGCCCCAGGCACCCAUUCCAGGGAGGCUGUGCCCGCCUCUGCCUCCUCCUCCCAUGCACACAGAGGUGUUUACGUCCUGAUGGCUGAGCCCCCAGCACCCUUAUGUGAGAUUUUGUUAGUAUCACUGGUGAUUUGGAAAGCUUAGGUUGGCGACACACGAUGAAAUAAGAAGGCGAACCACCGUUACCAAUAGUCAGACAAGGACACACUAGAGAAUUCACGUGGUGGGGAACAAGCCUGUCACAACAUCUAAAGAAUGCUGGGGGCCUCUGGGGGCCUCAGCUGAAACUUCCUCACUUUGGGUCUUGCUGGCGCUCCAGCUGAUGGGAGGGUAUCAUGAACACACUAGCUUCAGUUGAUCAAAAAGCCUGAUGAAAAUUGCUCAGGGGUCCUCAUAGGCUGGCUAAAACUAUUAGGGUUCCCUGCUUAUGGGUGAAAAGGUUAUCAAUUCUGGCUGGUAAAUACGGGUUCUGGUGGAAGCAUGCUUGGGAGCUACAGAGAGCAAUCUACUUAAGUGUAAAAUCCCUAGUGGUGGGAGGAGUCGAGAAUAAUAAAGCCAUGCUGGUUGCUGGAGGACAUGGAAUUUGGGUGCUUGAAGGUGUUUAAUCCUUGUCUUCCCAAAGCCAGGAGGGGCCCCAGUGCGCAGAUUGGGUGCUCAGGGAGUGUCUGGUUAAGUGAUGGAGACCAUUGACACAGGGGCUCAGUGCUGUGGUGGUUCGAGGCGCUAUGGGGCCUCAGACUUUCAAUGUGGGCUUCGCGGGGGAGGUAGGGCUACUGCCUGUGGAGAAUGUGACUGGUGAUCAAAGCUCAGGACAUAGACCUGGCUUUCCAUCCUGAUUUUGCCACUCGCCAGCUUUGUGACUUUAGGCAUGUUAUAUCACGUCUCUGAGAGGAUUUCCUCACUGAUAAAGUGCAAGUGGUAACUUCCUUUCACAUAGGGUUGUUGGGAGAAAGGCCAGCCACACAGCAGGAACUCGAUCAGUAGCUGUUAGUAACAUUUAUGAUUAC